UAACAGAGGAAAUGACAUGAUCAAAUCCAAUCAAAGCCUAACGUAAAUUGCAAAGUUCAUAUGUGGCACAAAAUAGAAACACGUGUCCUUGCCUUCAAGAAAAUCCUGUGUGUUUUCAACCAAGUGCUAAAAAAGUUUGCAAGAUUUUACAGGAAAAACAGGUGCAUGAAAAUGAUCUCCGGGUACACAGCAAACGGAGACCGUCUGCAACAGCUAAAAGCCUUUGACGAGUCCAAAUCUGGUGUCAAAGGGAUCGUCGACAAAGGCAUCACAAAAAUCCCACCAAUUUUCGUUCGGCCGCCGGAAUUUUCUGGCUGCGACAAACCAAGUUCCGGCCAUCGAACUCGAACCCAGUUCAGUGUUCCUGUUGUGGACCUCACCGACACAGUCGGCCGGCGUGCUGACGUGGUUGCCGGAGUUCGGCGUGCCGCAGAGACUGUUGGGUUCUUCCAGGUGGUGAACCAUGGGAUACCCAAGAGAGUGUUGGAUGAGAUGUUGGCGGCGGCGCGUGGGUUCCACGAGCUGCACAGGGAGGUGAAGUCUGAGUACUACAGCAGGGAGCUGCUGAGGAAAGUCAAGUUUGGAAGUAACUUUGAUCUGUAUCAGUCAAGGUUUGCUAAUUGGAGGGACAGUUUGUUUUGUGUCAUGGGUCCUGAGCCUCUUGAUCCUCAAGAAUUGCCUCUAAUUUGCAGAGACAUAACUAUGGAAUACUCUGAAAAUGUUCACAAAAUGGGUGUCACAUUGUUUGAAUUGCUAUCGGAGGCACUUGGGCUCAAACCUGACCACCUUAUUGGAUUGGAUUGUGCAAAGGGGCAUCUUAUUCUUAGUCACUACUAUCCACCGUGCCCUGAGCCUGAACUCACAAUGGGCACCAGCAAACACUCAGAUCCUGACUUUCUCACCAUCCUACUCCAGGACCAAAUUGGUGGCCUCCAAGUUUUGUAUGAGAACCAGUGGAUUGAUGUUCCCCCUGUGCCUGGAGCUCUUGUAGUCAACAUUGGAGAUCUCUUGCAGCUAGUGUCGAAUGACAGAUUUAAGAGCGUAGAACAUCAGGUGCUUGCAAACCAUGCAGGGCCAAGAGUAUCCAUUGCCUGCUUUUUAACGCCGCAUCUUCACCCUUCGACAAGGUUGUACGGCCCCAUAAAGGAGUUGUUGUCAGAAGAUCGUCCGCCUGUUUACAAAGAAACCUCACUGAAAGACUUCAUUGCCUACUACGAUAAGAAAGGGCUUGAUGGAAACUCUGCACUAACACAUUUCAAGUGCCAAAGGUAACAAACAAUGAAUUAGGAAACUCAUGCUAUAUUGUUCACUCUUGGAUUGAUGAGUUCAGAUUACUAGUAGGCUACUUAGAUUUGGAGUAACAGUUCAAUUUGUACGAAUUGGAUACGAAUGGCCACCGUAUACGGAAUCCAUUGAAAUAAGGCACCUAAUGCAUUGAAUUUGUUGCUGUUAACAUAUUUUCCUUCA